GAACAAUACUCAGACCUCCUCUUAACCACAAUAAAAUUUAUCAAUAGUAAAGAGGAAAGGGAAGAGGUCAAAACGUUUCUAUAAAACAAUUAAGAUAAAAUGAGAGAAAUUAACUAGAUCAUGGUGAGAAUACCUGAAGAUGUUUAAUUGUCAGUGAAAUCAUGAGUUAAUUAAAUAUUGUGUUGAUUAAAGAGUAAAAUCUCAUUUGAUUAAACAAGUGCGGUGAAUUAACACCAUCAGAGUAAAAGACAAUGUCUCCGAAAAUUGAUCCACAAAAUUCACAAUCAAAUGAAAGUAACAACAAUCAAAUCGGUGUGGAUAUAAAUCAAAGUGAUUCGAGAUCAACGACUUCGAGCAGAUCUUACGGUCCUAAAACCCGAAUACCCUUUCGAUUUUAUAUCGCUGUUUUUGGCCUUUUCUCAUCUUUAUUAUGUUUCUCAGUUCGAACUAUUUUCAGUUUCGCCAUUUUAGAUAUGCUCGAGUCGGAAGAGGAGCAGCGCAAUGCCACAGGUCCUCCUCGACCUUACAAAGUGAGAUGGACUGAAGAGGAACAGGGUGUCGUCCUUGGUGCUUAUUCUUAUACUUAUGCUGCUCUUCAGAUCCUUUGUGGUCGUUUAUCUGACAAAUAUGAUGCGACCCACGUGAGUACAGUCUCGCACAUUUUGUCCCUACUUUGUACAGUACUGACUCCGUUAUCAGUGAAUGGCGGAAUCGCUACGACAAUUGCAGUUCGUUUGGUCCAAGGUAUCGUCCAGGCUCCAAUCAUAUCAACUCUUUAUGUUAUUUACGCUCAGUGGUUCCCUCCAAAUGAAGUUGGUCUUCCAAUUGCUGGACUUUUAAUUGGGUCAAACAUCGGGUCUGCCCUGGUCAUGCCGAUCACUGCCUGGCUGUGUCCGUUUGACCAGUACUGGGAGGGAUGGCCACUUUCAUUUUAUCUUUUCUCGGGGCUUAAUGUGAUCUUUGUGAUUCUUUGGAUGAUUUUUGUCACCAAAGAUCCAAGGGACAAUCGAUGGAUCUCAAAAGAAGAGCUUGAAUAUAUAACCAGUACUCGAACAAAAAAAGACAAGAAAAAGAUGAAAGUUGAUUGGAAGGGAAUGUUAUUCUCAUUGCCUCUUUGGUCAGUGACAAUCGCUCGAGCGGCCAAUUCAUUUGCAUACAUGUUAAUGAACUUCAAAGCUCCAGCUUAUUUGCAAGAAGAGCUUAAUUUCAAUCUAAAAGACAACGGAUUCAUCAAUGGACUUUUUUACAUUGCAAUUAUGACCACAAUGUUUGCGUCAGCACCGGCAUCGGCAUGGCUCAUCGAUCGAGGCUAUUUUAGCGUAACAACAACUCGAAAGAUAUUUGAGUUUAUUUGUAACACUGGAUGUGCAGUAUCAACCCUUUUAAUCCCGUUCACAGGUGAAGACCCUUGGAUUAAGGUGAUGCUUCUGAUCACUCUGAUGUUCAUGAGAGGAUUUUCCACCGCUGGUGAUCAAUCAAUCAUCUCAGAAAUGGCUCCCGAUGCUUCCGGAUUAGCAUUUGGAAUCUCUAACACACUUUCAUCAGCCAUGGGAUUCUUGGCACCUUUGGUCGCUGGAAUAAUCGUCGAUGCAAAUUCUGAAUCAGCUCAUCCUUGGAACAUGGUCUGGAUUACAUCGGGAAUCGUUUCUUUGGUUGGUGGAACUUUUUUUCUUCUAUUUGCUUCAGCUGAACCUCAGCCCUGGGGAACUUUGGACUAUAAACCAGGAAAAGGAAGUAAGAAGCCGAUCGCUCGAGAAACGAGCGUCAUUCCGUCAUCGGAAGUUUAUCAUGUGAUGGAAAGAGAAUUAACAUUGAAGAGAAAAGAUAAAACUUUGGCUUCCAAUGUUUACGUAAUUUCGAACGCUAAUCCAAAUCUCGAAUCUGGUCAAUUAUCAUCGACCACUAGUCGAAUCGCCGAAGCCAAAGUAUAAUCAGUUCAUUUUGAUUGUUAGUUAUUCAGACCAAACCAUUAAUUACAUUUCUUUUUCUCUGUGCUUGCUUUCCUUCAUCAACUGUUUUGUACAAUAUCAACAAUCUAAUAACUAAAGAAUUAAAAAAAUUUCAUUCCAACCAAGAGACAA